CGGUAGAGGGGUCGUGGCCCGUCGGAGCAACCCCGCGGGAGAGCCACGGGAAAGUUGGGAAAGCCGAUGUAGCGGCCGAGUCGAGAUAAACGCUGGAAAAUGUCCUAGUCCAGAGGACUACGACGACGACACAGUUUCGAGCGUACACCUGUCUCUCCCUCGACUCUCUCUCUCCGCCUUUCUCUCACCACCGGACGCGACGCGACGCAACGGUCGCCGUUCCACCCGUCCCUGACAUCCCGUUCGUUGCUAGGAUUCGCCCUCGGGUACUGGUGAAUCGAUAAUCAGAGUGACAGUGCGCGAUUAUUCCCGGCGACGAAAUGUCGGUGAAGGUGAGUGCCACGUACACGGGUCGCGAGUAACGAUAUCGUCGGAGGACCGGUCGCCUUCGACGUGAUUCUGACGGACGGACCUCUCGUCCCGACCGAUUCGCUACCCCGAAUCGUCUCGUUUCUCCAAACUCCAGUGUCGUCUCAUCGGCGGGUUCGUUCCAUAACGAGCGUUCGUCAUCGACGAGGAAUUACGUUCGUCUUCGGUCCGUCUCAUUGAUCGACCGCGUCCCGCUUUGUCCCAGUCGCGUAAACGGCGCAUCGUCGAUCAGCGAUCAACGAUUCGCCCGUGCGAUCGGUGUGUCUCUCAUCUGGGUGAGUCGUGAUCUUCGGACGAGAGAAGCGAUUCGCUUCCUUUUCCAAGCAUGACGAUGUACAAACAAGCCGAGUUCGAGGACGAGGACAGCAGCAGCAUCGGACCCGUGGCACUGAACAGCGAGCUCAGCAGGUCUGGGACGCACGUCAGAUACACCUCGGGAAUCUCCUUGUGGAGAGCGAGGAGUCCGCUAGAGAGAUGUCUGCUCGUGAUCUGCGCGUGCCUCUUGCUGACGAUCGUCUUACUGUCCAUAGAGAUUAACAGCAGAAACGGCUGGAACGAAUCCCAAAUACUUCACGUCACUUCGCACGGUGAAGAUGGUACGCACUGCAUGUCCGAGCACUGCGUCACGGUGGCCGCCUCGAUCAUAAACGGCAUAGAUCGCACGGUGGACCCGUGCGACGAUUUUUACGAGUACGCGUGCGGUGGUUGGAUCAAGAGGAAUCCGAUACCGGACGGUAGCAGCAUGUGGGGGAUGUUCGACAAGCUCGAGCAGGAGAAUCAACUGGUGGUGAAGAACGUGCUCGAGAAACCGUUCGCCGAGAUGAAGUCGAAGGCCGAGAAGAAAGCCAAGUUCUACUUCCUCUCGUGCAUGGACGCGAACGACACCAUCGAAACGCUGGGCGCGCGACCUAUGCUGGACCUGUUGGAUGAGAUCGGCGGCUGGAACGUUUCGGGGAAGUUCGAUCUCGACACGUGGAGCUUGCAGAAGAGCAUGCACGUUCUGCAGAACGUUUACAACAUGGACGGUCUGUUCGCGUGGUCGGUGAACGAGGACGAUCGAAACAGUAGCAGACACAUCAUACAAAUCGAUCAGGGUGGUCUGACGUUGCCGACCGUUGAAGAUUAUUUGAACGUCUCCGAGCACGGCAAGGUGCUGACCGCGUAUUUGGAAUACAUGACGAAGAUCGGCGUUCUGUUAGGUGGCGAGGAGAACUCGACGAGGAGACAGAUGCAGGACGUGAUCCAGUUCGAGACGAAGCUGGCAGAGAUCAUGACCCCGCCGGAGGAUCGCCGGGACAAGGAGAAGCUGUACAACAAUAUGACUCUGAGCGAGCUCGAGAAAAGGGCACCGUUCAUGUCCUGGGUAGAAUAUUUCGAAAACGCGACGCUCCUCGUCGACAAGAGGGUGGACGAGAAGACGGUGAUCGUAAAUUUGGCUCCUGAAUACUUUGUUAAAUUGUCGUCGUUGGUGUCGGACUAUAACAAAACGGACGAGGGAAAAGUGACACUGAACAACUACCUGGUCUGGCACACCGUGAGAUCUCUGACGGCGUGCUUGUCGAAACCGUUCCGCGACGCUUAUAAGGGGCUGAGGAAAGCUCUGAUCGGUUCGGAGGGCCGCGAGGAGCAAUGGCGUUACUGCGUCACCGAUACGCACAACACGAUGGGUUUCGCGAUCGGUGCGAUGUUCGUCAGAGAAGUUUUCCACGGAAAGAGCAAACCGAUGGCGGGGAAGAUGAUAGAGCAGGUGCGCAAGGCUUUUACGAAGAACUUGAAGAACCUCGACUGGAUGGACGCGGAGACGAGGAGAGCCGCGGAGGAGAAGGCGAACGCCAUCACCGACAUGAUCGGGUUUCCGAAUUUCAUUUUGAAUCCGAAGGAACUCGACGAGCGUUACAAAGACCUAUCCAUGAAACCGAACGAGUACUUCGAGAACAACAUACGCGCGAACAAGUACAAGUUGCGGAAGAACUUGGAGAAGCUCGAUCAGCCUGUGAACAGAACUACUUGGAUGAUGACGCCGCCGAUGGUGAACGCUUAUUAUUGGCCUACGAAGAAUCAGAUGGUCUUCCCUGCCGGCAUCCUGCAGGGUCCUUUCUAUGACAUGGAAAAUCCUAGUAGUCUGAACUUCGGCGGUAUCGGAGUCGUCAUGGGCCACGAACUGACCCACGCCUUCGACGAUCAAGGGAGAGAGUACGACCUGCACGGUAACCUGAAUCGGUGGUGGAACAAGGCUACGAUAGAAAGGUUUAAAAACAGGACAGAGUGUUUCGUCGAACAAUACAGCAAGUUCGAGAUAGACGGGCGACACGUGAACGGGCGGCAGACUCUGGGGGAGAACAUCGCGGACAACGGAGGCCUGAAGGCGGCGUAUCACGCGUACAUUUCGAGGCCUAAGAGCUACAAGGAUCAAUUACCGUUACCCGGUCUUAAUUUGACGCAUCGUCAACUGUUCUUCCUGAACUUUGCCCAGGGCUGGUGUUCCAGCGUGAAAUCCGAGGCGAUAGCUCUCGCGAUUGAAAAGGAUGCCCAUUGUCCGCCGAAGUACAGGGUGAUAGGAUCGCUCUCGAAUCUACCCGAGUUCUCUUCGGAGUUCAACUGUCCGGAAGGCUCGCGAAUGAAUCCGGUUCACAAGUGUGAAGUGUGGUAACGCGUUUUGUCAUAGGUUCGUUCGUGCCGCCGUGAAGGUCGCGUCGCUCAUCGUACCGAGGCGUGCCGCGUGCCGCUUCUGUCUCGUUUUCGUUGCCCGUGCGAGCACGAUUCUGUCCGGCAUCGAAACGUCCAUUCCACCAGAUUCGUAAUGAAAUGAAACGAAAUUAAACGAAGCGAGAUCGGACGCGCGCGCGUUCGACGCAUCGAUCCUCGGCUCGGUCUCGUCCGAACCACGGUGGCGUCGCCAAGACUGUCACGCGUACGGUUCUCUUACACACAUUUGUACUCUUGCGUAUCUGUUCGAGCACGCCGCGGCUCGCAACGCGUCGACGUUUUUCAUUAAUGAACGAGUUCACCGUGGUUCAUCGCGAUCACUCGAGGCAAUUAGUCCAUUGAAAUCGUCCCACGUAUUGCUGACUGCGCAGCGAGCGCGCAGUUCUAUGCGACGAGCGAUUUUUCACUUUUAUACUUGAAAUCAGUGUUACGCAACGUGUUUACGCGCGCCACGGAAAAAUUGUUUAAGGGGCACGUUCGAACUAUUCGCGGAGCCGGUACCGUCGUCGACGGGAGCUUUCGUCCAACGGUGCGUUAUUCAUUUGUUUCUUCAUGAACGGCGAGCAACGGCCGGUUCGACGAGAUCGACGACGAAGGAGAAACUCGAUGCCGAUCGCUUAGGGAAAAUCAGUCUGUUCCUCCGCUGACGAACGAGAAGCGGCCUUCGAUGAGCGAUGGCGACCACGGACGGUGUGAUUUCUGCGGGCAGGAACUUGAGUCGAGCUUGAGAAAUUUUAUUUUCUGAACGCGAAUGCUACGUGCCACGUGUACCACCGUAUCCGUCGGUCGACGAACACGCGCGGGGACGUCGAAAUCGUGCUUAAGCGUAUAUUUUGUGUCGUAUAAAGCUCGAUAGCCGGGCGAAUCAAAAGCUUCUUUUCAAUUCCUAGCGAUUGUAUCGAGCAUUGUAUACAAUACAGAAGAUUAUCGUCUCA